CUUUGUGCUCCACCCGUAAAGCACGGGUACAUUUAUGUGGCGUGUUCCUCCCACUCUGUGACUUAUUCUGGAGCCAGGGCCGAAGAAAGAGGAGGAGGAGGAGAGACCGUGACAGUCCAUCAAAGAGACAGUCUGCCUUUGAAACAGCUCCUGGUUUCAUUCCAACCGCCAAAACCCCAACAGAACAAGAAGUAGAAGCUGAAGCUGACGCUGCCCGGUCCGCUAGAAACUGAAGAACUGAGCCCGGUGUUUAACGGAGGCUCUGUCACUGUCUGUGAGAGCCUCUCUCUCUCUCUCUGUGUGUGUGUGUGUGUGAGGGACACAGAGACGUGGGACAGCUAAGCGGGCGGACAGCUCAUUCCACUACUCGGCGGUCCUCCAUGGCUCUGUGCAACGGAGACAGCAAGCUGGAGAUCAGCAGCACAGAGCAGAAUGGGUCAUGUGAGGGUGCGGUGGCCAUCCUGGAUGCUGGGGCCCAGUACGGCAAGGUGAUUGACAGACGGGUGCGGGAGCUCUGCGUACGCUCCGACAUCCUGCCCUUAGAAACCCCGGCCUUUGCCCUCAGAGAACAGGGCUACAGAGCGAUCAUCAUUUCAGGGGGUCCGGCCUCCGUCUAUGCAGAAGAUGCCCCCUGGUUUGAUCCUGCCAUCUUCACUAUAGGAAAACCAGUCCUUGGCAUUUGCUAUGGGAUGCAGAUGAUGAAUAAAGUCUUUGGAGGCACGGUCCAUAAAAAGAGUGUCAGGGAAGACGGAGUGUUCAGUGUGGGACUGGACAACACCUGUUCUCUUUUCAGAGGUCUCCAGAAGGAGGAGCUGGUCCUGCUGACCCACGGAGACAGUGUGGAUAAAGUGGCCGAUGGCUUCAAAGUGGUGGCCCAAUCAGGGAUCAUCAUCGCUGGAAUAGCCAAUGAGCAGAAGAAGCUGUACGGGACACAGUUCCACCCUGAGGUGGACCUGACGGAGCGAGGCAUGGAGAUGCUGCGCAACUUCCUCUUUGAGAUCGCCGGCUGCACGAGUAACUUCACUGUAGAAAAUCGCCAACAGAGCUGCAUCAGUGACAUUCAGGAAAAAGUGGGGAAAUCCAAAGUCCUGGUUCUGCUGAGCGGCGGCGUGGACUCCACCGUGUGUACAGCUCUUCUGAACAAAGCCCUGAACCAGGACCAAGUCAUAGCCGUUCACAUCGACAACGGCUUCAUGAGGAAGAGGGAGAGUCUGAGUGUGGAGGAGGCCCUCACCAAACUUGGAAUCAAACUGAAAGUGGUGAACGCAGCUCACACCUUCUACAAUGGAACAACAACACUUCCCAUUUCUGAGGAGGACAGGACGCCACGCAAACGCAUCAGCAAGACUUUGAACAUGACCACCAACCCCGAGGAGAAACGAAAAAUCAUCGGAGACACCUUUGUCAAAGUGGCCAACGAAGUGAUCGGAGAGAUGAACCUGAAUCCAGACGAGGUCUUUCUGGCCCAGGGAACCUUGAGGCCUGACCUCAUCGAGAGCGCCUCUCAUCUGGCCAGUGGCAAAGCAGAGGUCAUCAAAACACACCACAAUGACACCGAGCUGAUCCGCAAACUUCGAGAUGAGGGAAAAGUCAUCGAACCACUGAAAGAUUUCCAUAAAGAUGAGGUCAGAGCGCUGGGCAGGGAGCUGGGUCUGCCUGAGGAGAUCGUCUCCCGACAUCCUUUCCCUGGCCCAGGUUUGUCCAUCAGAGUGAUCUGUGCAGAGGAACCGUACAUCUGCAAAGAUUUUGCUGAAAUAAACAACAUUCUCAAAAUCAUCACCGACUUCUCUGCCAGUGUCAAAAAGCCUCACACCCUGUUGCAGAGAGUCAAGUCCUGCAUAUCAGACGACGAGGAGGAAAAGCUCAUGCAGAUCACCAGCCUUCAUUCACUCAAUGCCUUCCUGCUGCCCAUCAAAACUGUCGGUGUCCAGGGCGACUGCCGCUCCUACAGCUACGUCUGUGGCAUCACCAGUAAAGAGUGUCCUCACUGGGAGUCCCUCAUGUUCCUGGCCAGACUCAUCCCUCGCAUGUGCCAUAGCAUCAACAGAGUGGUCUAUGUGUUUGGGUCUCAUGUGAAGGAGCCACCGACGGACAUCACGCCCACCUUCCUGACCACAGGCGUCCUGAGCACGCUCAGACAGGCUGACUUUGUGGCACACUCCAUCCUGAGGGAGUCUGGCUACUCUGGGAAGAUCAGCCAGAUGCCCGUCAUCCUGACUCCGCUGCACUUUGACCGCGACCCUCUGCAGAAGCAGCCGUCCUGUCGGCGCUCCGUGGUGGUCCGCACCUUCAUCACCAGCGACUUCAUGACCGGCAUCCCUGCCACGCCUGGUAACCACAUCCCUGAGGAGGUGGUGCUGAAGAUGGUGAAUGAGAUCCAGAAGAUCCCAGGCAUCUCCAGAGUCAUGUAUGACCUCACCUCCAAACCGCCGGGUACCACAGAGUGGGAAUAGAACCCCCCACCUCGUCAUGACAACAGGACACACAAAUGCACAAACAAACAAACAAACACCACAGAGAUCAACGAGGACAGGUCCACUGCUGUCCUCCUCUUCUGUCCUCCCCCCUCCCUCCCUCCCUCCCUCUGUCACCCCUCACCUGCCCUUCCUCCCUCCUCUCUCUAACAUUCCCAUGGAAGGCAGACUGUACUGUGAUGCCCCCCUCCUUAUCAGACCCCCCCCCCCACUCCUCUCCUGGUCUUAAUAUCUUUGGUGAUUGGUUCUGGUUCUUGUUGGUUAUUGAUACAGUCUUGUUGUUUUUGGAUCCGUGUUCUCUCCUCUCUGUCACCACAAAAGACAAACUGCUGCUUCCUUUAGUGAGGAGUGACCUUCAGAGAACGUGGUGAGAAGCUGUGAAAGUUCAGGGCCUGGACUCCAUGUUGUGCCUCAGGUUAUGGGUGGGAGGAGGAGAAAAGAGAACGCAGCAGGAGGAGGAGGAGGAGGAGACUCUUCAGCAACUGUUUUACCACUUUUUGUUUUCAGAUGUUUUAUUAUCGUAGAAUGUUCUCUGCCUGCGACUUCGCCCUCCAUUUUUUUUUUUUUCUUUUUUCGUUUUCCUCUUCCUGCCUGUAAUUCUGUGCUCUGACGUCGGCGUUGGUCCGGCCUCAGCUGGGAGCCGACGGACGACUUCGUCGACCAAUCAACAAACUUUAAGCUUUUUGUUUUGCCAAAAGUAAAAUAUAGGUUGUGAUAUUUGACGCCGCGGCCUCGUCUGGUGUUUGUGGUCAGCGGGUUGGUGUGUGUGUGUGUGUGCAGCCGUGGGGGAGGUCAGUACGAUGGGUAGCUGUGUGUGUGUGUGUGUGCGCGCCUGUACUGUUUUUCUUUUCUUUUUUUUCUUUCUUUCUUUUCAAGUGUCUUUGUCGCGACUCGACCUGGACGACGUUUCCAGUGAAGAGCCGACCGUUUCUUCUCAUGCUGCAAAAUCGUAUGCUUUUUAUCCCGACAUAAACACGGCAAGUGUAACGCAUAUCUAAAUUUUCUAAUGACAUCAGAGUUUAUAACCACAUUGUGUAAAGUCUCACUUCAUGUUCGGUCGCUCUCCUGUCGUGCAGUGGCAGAUUUUUUGCACAGUUUAUUUUUUUUUCCCCACAUCCAUGAAUUUUCAGUCUCAGACGUCGCCAUCGUGUCCAUUGUUGUCUAGGGUCAAAGGUCACGUGAGGAGUUCUCAGUUGCCAUCGCUGUCACCAGUUUGCUGUCAGUCUUCUCUGCGUACAGUCGGAUCGUUCAGUAAAUGCUAACGCGGCGCUCAGGUCGAUCUGAGCUUCAAAAACCUCCCGUUCUCCUGUCAACGUCAUCACCGUCAGACAUCGUGGUUCUCCUCACUCCUCCAGAGUGUUCUUGUGGCUCCACCCACUGCAUUCCACGUAGUCAAAAUAUUAAGUUUGAUGCAGGAGGUGGUUUUCCAUUCAAGUCAGACCUGCUGACACUGUUCUUCAGGUUGUUGUUGUUGUUGUUGUUGUUGUUUUUUCACUCGUCUCCGUACAGACCAGAUUAUUGAAUAUUUCAUGUUCUUUUUUUUUUGUAGUUGAAUUUUAUUGCAACAUCAAUGAGAUUAAGUUAUGCAAGGUUUGUUUAUUUAGUUGGACAUUUGCUGGUUCUCUUUAGUAACGUGCCUCAAACCAAGCCACUGCAUGAAGGUUCAACUCUGACGACAUUUGUACAAUGGAAAACUGAGCUUUAAUAAAGAUCUCCAUCUGGAA